CAACCUCACCCACAACGCCAUCCCUCCCCACUUUGACGUGAACGACGAGAGCCUCGACUCUAUUCCCAUAGGGUCAGCUCUCAGAAGCUAUUUUUUAUCCCCUUCAGAUUGCGCGUCUAGAGGGGCAAGCGCGAAAGGCGCUUUAACUUCAUCCACCAUGUCAAUCGCCUCCAAGAACCUGUACGAUUUGCUAGGCAACGACCCCGAACUCGACCCCGAUCGAGAGCCCGAGCCCCCGACAAAAGCGAUUGACAAGUCGGCGGCAAGGACUGGCAAGCGCAAUGCACCGACCGAGGCUCCAGUCCGCACUAGCACGUCGAGUGGACGCAGCAGCCAGCGCGAUGGAUUCAACGCGAACGAGAAUGCUUUCCGGGAUCGCGGCGUAGGUCACAGCCAGAACCGCAACAGGGGAUCUGGUGAACCUGACUCUGGAUACCGUGGUGGUCGCGGCCGUGGUGGCCGUGGUGGACGAGGUGGACGUGGUGGCGCUUCGGGCGACCGUCACAGCAAAACUGGCAUUGCCGAACAUGAGAAGCAGGCUGCUCACGGCUGGGGUGGACAGGAUGGCGGCGCCGAAUGGGCCGACGAGAAAGCCGGCGAAGCUAUUGCCAAAGAAGAAGAGAAGCAGGAAGGAUUUGUUGCCAAUACUGGCGACAACGCUGAAGGCUUCACUCCUGACCCAACCGGCGAGGCAGGGGCCGAGCCUGAGCCGGAAGACAAGACCAAGUCAUUCGCUGCCUACCUUGCCGAGCAGGCUGAGAAGAAGCUCUCCCUCGCCGCUGGGAACGUCCGUCAAGCAAAUGAAGGCAGCAACAAGAAGUUCCCUGAAGGCAAAGCUCUCCCUCGUGAUGAAGAGGAUGAUGCGUACAUUGCCGGCUCCGGAGGCAAGGCAAAGCGCGAGCGUCAACGCAAGGAAAAGACGCUCGUGGAGCUCGACGACUCCCGCCUGCACAGCGCUCCCCGUGAGAACUUCCGUGGAGGACGCGGCGGCCGUGGCCGUGGUGAAUUCCGUGGUGGUGAAGGACGCGGCCGUGGCGAUUUUCGCGGUGGUGAAGGACGUGGUCGCGGAGGCCGAGGCCGAGGUGAUGGUCGUGGGAGGGGCGGACGUGGCGGUCAAUCUGGUUCUACUCCCAACGUCGCUGACUCGAACGCCUUCCCUGCCUUGGGCGGCUCAUAGUCCGAAGCUCCGUCGUCAAUUACAAACACGGCUUUAGAAGUCUGUGUGUUA